AGAAAAGAGCGGUCUCUUCAAGACAACUCCUUCUACCAAGCGUCGACGUACACUUCAUCUUCUCGUCUAUCGGAAUUCAGGUUAUACAGUACUUUUAACAGUCGUAUACAGUAAAGUGCGUUGUGGUUCCCAGGUGGUGUCCUGGCAGCUUCUGGAAGCUUCCGGUUGACGCUAAACCCCUCCAAGCAGAAGCCAUACCGCCUACUCUCUCCUCUUCAGAAAACAUCACAGAACUUUGACUUCAUACAAUCACCAAGACAGAGCUUACGACAUUAUUUUUUCUCCUUCUUCACUCACCAGCUCACUUCUCACGAAACCCUUCGUCACCUCACAAUGGCGCAGUCACAGACCCUGACACCAGAAGUCCUGUGGGCGCAGCGCUCAUCGGCGACCGAGGCCGAGAAGAACCACAUCUUCCUUACCAUUAUGGCUCCAGAUGUUCCCGAAAGCGAACUCAAGCUCGACCUCCAGCCUACCAAGCUCACAUUCCACGGCCCGUCGACCUCCAAGAAGGUGACCUAUGCCGUCGACCUCGAAUUCUAUGCCGAGAUCGAUCCCAAGGAAUCCAAGAUCAAUCACACUGCUCGUGAUAUCGAAAUGGUGCUGCGAAAGAAGGAGCUCAAGGCCGAGUACUGGCCCCGCCUGCUGAAGGAUAGCAAGAGGCAGCACUUCCUCAAGACCAACUUCGAUAAGUGGGUCGACGAAGACGAGCAGGAAGAGGCGGCCGAGGACGAUUUCUCGGCAAUGAAUCCUCUUGGCGACGGAGGCAUGGGCGGCAUCGACUUCUCUAAACUGACCGCCUCACAGAGUACCGGUGGUCUUCCCGAUCUCGGUGCCAUGGGCGGCGAGGGCGGCGACAGCGAUGACGAUCUGCCGGAUGAUGAGGAUAUGCCUGAGCUCGAAGGCGACAGCGGAAAGCCAGCAACGGAGGCGGAGGCUGACAAGGCUGCCGAGGGGGAGAGCAAGCCUAAGAUUGAGGAAGUCGCAUAGACUGUGAGCGCUGCUCAACAGUUUGUGCAAGAAUAGUUGGCGUCGUAGCGCAGAUUUUUGAGUUGGAUGGCAAGUGAUAUGACUUUGGCCGAGGGAGGGGGAAUGGUGUUUGGGGUUGCCGCCUCACAGGAUUGAAGCCAUCAUGACCUUGCAUAAUCAGUUCUGGAGGAUCCAUGAGGUCUAGAGGUGUUUACCACUUCAAGCGGUACAUAAGUAGCGAAAACAUGUCUAACAUCUCAACUAACCAGCAACCUGCUUGCCGUGAUAUACGGAACACCAUAAC